CGGCACUCAUCACCGACUCACUCUCGUCAAUCUUCAAUCGAGGGUAGAUCCAAAGCUUGUACAACCGCCAUCCCUAAAAACAACAUACAUAGAAGCAAAGACUGUCCACCUAUUAUCUUCCUGUAUCUCAUUUGCUACAUCACCCUCUUGUCAAGAUAUAAUCCUGAAACUUGAAAACAUUCUGUCCUACAAUGACCGUCUUUAACAUCGACGAGGAGGACAACCUCAACCGCAUGCGCCGCGGCGAUCUGUACUACGCCUUCACACCCAAAUUGGUAGCUGCCCGUAAGCGAUGCAGGCAAGCCGUCACUCGACUCAACGCAGCCGAGGACCCAACACGCCGCGAGAUGGCCGAAUUCUGGAGACAGAUAACAAACGACGACCGCCCUUUACCUCCACCUGCAGCGACAGAAGAUGAGGAGGACAACGUGUUGCACGAAUAUCCCUGGAUCGAAGCACCCAUCAGAAUCGACUACGGCACGAAUAUCAAAGUCGGAAGCAAUGUUUUUAUCAACUUCAACUGCACCAUACUAGAUACAUGCCAAGUAACCAUCGGCUCAAGGACGUUGAUCGGGCCAAAUGUUUCAUUCUUCUCCGGUACGCAUCCUCUGGAUCCUGAGCUGCGUAAUGGCACAAAUGGGCCAGAACUGGGCGGUACAAUCACUGUAGGUGAAGAUUGUUGGAUCGCGGGUAAUGUGACCAUUCUUCCGGGUAUCACAAUCGGUGCUGGUUCCACGGUUGGUGCGGGAAGUGUUGUCACCAAGGACGUACCGCCUUACCAUGUGGUUGCUGGAAACCCUGCCAAGAUCAUUCGUAAGCUUGAACGGAACCCGAACGGAAAGCAAUAAGUAUAGAUCAAGGUCCUGUGUGGCCUGGAGUAUGAAUAUCAAUAUGACAUUUCUCUCGAAGUCAUAAUAUUCUUCGGGCUCUCCGGAACAUUGAACCCCCGAGUCAAACAGUGAUAGUAUUCGAGCUUGUGUGUUAUCCACGUAAAGUUUAAAGUCUAUAUGCAUUAUAGUAUCUUGUAGCUCUGGCA